AUGACGAAAUCAACCUUUGCAGUCAAACUUGAUGAAAAAACUGCGAUGAAGUAUGUGAUAAGAGCUGAAGACGAAGCAACAAAGAAUCAUAAAGCGAACAAAAAUGAUAUUGUCACUGGUUACAUGCCCUCCAUGGUUGAUAAGAAAUAUUGCCCUGUACGAAGCUUCAUUAUGUAUACAGAAGCCCUUCAUCCUACUUCUGAAAAACUCGGGCAAACCCCUAAGUUCAACUUAUUUCCUACUGAUGGUCAAAAGGUUUGGUAUGGUCCCGGCAAUGUUGGGCACAAUUUGCUUGAUAGCUUCAUGUCAAAAUUGGCCACAAGUUGUGGAUUCGCACAAAAAGGUUACACCAACCAUAGCCUAAGAGCUUCUGGGAUAACAACAUUGAAGCGUAAAAACUACAACGACAAGCAAAUAAUGUCCAUAACUGGCCAUCGAAGUAGCGCAAGUUUGGCUGUCUACCAAAAAGUGGCUUCAGAUGAAAAACUCUGA